GCCGACCAACCGCUUAGGGAUCAGUUUCUUCGAAUCGCCUUAGCCGAACGCAUCUCUGCGCUCUCCGUAAUAUAACAACAGAGACUGGGAGCGUUGAAAGUUGUUGGCUCAGCAGCACAUGUUGUGUGACAGUUAACAUUUUUGCACCGUUGCGAAUAGUUUGUAUUCUCGGCAAAGUUGAUAGUUCCUUUAUCGAAACGGUUGGGCGGAUCGACGCUCUCUUCGUUUCGGUGAAUUAUCUCGGAUUUUUUGAAAAUUCUGUGCCUUCGCGGAGGACACGAUCGUUGUCGAAGCUGUGCGUGCUUCGUUGAUGUACGUUUUUGUGUUCUCGAAUGCAGCAAGGAUCGGUGCAAUUCGAGUGUAUGAUCAUCGAAUCAAGUUGGUUUAUUUCGCGGAGGUUCGGCCAAGGUUGCACAAGUAACAUCAGCGAGCAACAACGUCGAUUCGAACGAAACUAAGGACGGCUGCUGCGGCGAAGCAGUGAGCGAGGAAGAAGGUGGAGGAGGCGGAGGAGGAGGUGCAGCAGGAGCAGAGGCGGUGGCCACCAGCAGCAGUACUGCAGCGCAUAGAUCGCAGCGGCUGCAUCAUCGUAGGCACGCGGACGAAUAAUACGAUGCAGAAUCGGUGGUACUGAUCUUCUCCUCUCCGGCGUUGUCGUCGUCGUCGUCGUCGUCGUAGUCAUGGAUUCGCACGUCGGGCUGGACUUCAUCGUCGAUAAUCCGGAUUACUGUCACAAGCUCGCAUCUGCUUUGGACACAACGAACGUCCGGGUGAAGAAGCAAGUUGUUGAGCUGCUCUCGGCGCUCUGCGUCUACAGUCAGGAUGGCCGGCAGCGGGCCAUCGAUACGCUCGACAUUUAUCAGAAUCGCAAAGAGGCGCGCUACCGUCUGCUCGUCGUGGUGAACGAGCUGGGUCAAGCUCACGACUCGGAGGAUUACCAGACGGCCCUGCUGGCCUUUAUCAACUGCUUGGUCAUAUCCGCGCCCGGCCUCAAGGACAGAGUGCGCAUGAGGAACGAGUUCAUUGGCCUGAAACUCCUACCGAUUCUCAACGAAUUACGCAAGGAGAAAAAUCACGUUCCCGAGCUGAGGGUGCAACUCGAUGUCUUCGACGAUCAGCGCGACACCGAUGAGGUGCUAGCGAAUCAAGGACCACCGGGCAUCGAUCUAUCCUCCCACGUCGAUGUUUUCUAUGCGAUUCUCGGACAGGUCGCCGACACACCGCAGGAAAUCGCAUUUCUGAGCCUGCUUCAGCAUCUGCUGAGACUCGAUCCGAAAGAGCCGGCAAGCGAUCUUGCCUGGGACACCGCCGAGACGUUGGUCCAUCGCGCAACUCUGCUCGAGAGCCGGGAGGAUGCCACCAAACUCCUGAGAUCGCCUAGCUUGCAAACGAACCUAUGCUGUCACUGUCGGACGACCGAUCAGAUGUGCGGGGGUGGCAGCAGCGGCCUCGGCGUCGCUGCAAGCGGAGGCGGCAAUACCACAGCCACGGCUUCGGUUAGCAAUCCAGCGUCGAGCGGUCGAAAGGCACCAUCGUCGCCAGCAGGUUCGGUGCCUCCACCGCCGCCUCCGCCACCAGCACCACUGCUGCAGCCGAAGCUGGCUCUGCCGACUCCGCCGCCGUUGCCGAAUUUUUCCGUGACUCCGGCUGCUGCUGCUCCACCGCCACCACCACCACCGAAGAUGAUGAUGAGCAUGGGAGGAGGAGGAGUAGGAGGUUCCAUGGGAAGAGGUGGCAAUGGUGGCCCACCCGCGCCGCCUCCCUUCAUGGUUCCAAACAAUCGACUGAGGACCGAGCGAUUGCAAUUGGAGCCGGAAGUGUCGAAGGCGCCCUCGCCCGAGCCCCCCAACGACGCCAAGCUACUGCCUCAGCAAGAGAUACCGACACCGAGGACGAAAAUGAAGACCAUCAACUGGAAUAAAAUACCAAAUCACAAGGUAAUCGGUAAGCACAACAUAUGGUCGGUAGUGGCGAACGAGCAUCAAAAUUCGCCGAUGCCCGAUUUGGACUGGGCAGAGAUAGAAAGCUUGUUCUGUCAAACGUCGGCUGCCACUUCUGCCAACUUGACGGGUUUCAAUAAUAACACGGAAGUUGGUAAAAGUCGUCGAGAAUCUACGGAAAUAACGCUGUUGCACGGCAAGAGAAGUCUCAACAUCAACAUAUUCUUGAAGCAGUUCCGAAGCCUAAACAUGCUCAUUACCGACCUGAUCAGCGACGGCGCGCACGAUAUCGUCGGCGGCGAGCGAUUGCGCGGUUUGCUGAAAAUUUUGCCGGAGGUCGACGAACUCGAGAUGCUCAACAACUUCCAAGGCGAUAGAACGAGGCUCGGACCAGCUGAAAAAUUCUACUUGGAUCUCCAGCAAGUGCCCAACUACAAAUUGCGUAUCGAAUGUAUGCUGCUGAAGGAGGAAUUCGGAUUGAAUUUGAGGUACCUCAAAACGAAUCUGAGCUCGAUGAUUCAGGUUGGCCGUAAUCUCAUGACGAACAAACCUUUACAAGAGGUUCUCUACAUGGUACUGAUAGCUGGUAACUUUUUGAAUUCGGGUGGCUACGCAGGCAACGCUGCCGGUGUGAAGCUAUCGUCGCUGCAAAAAUUGACGGAAAUUCGCGCCAACAAGCCGGGAAUGAAUCUCAUACACUACGUGGCAAUGCAAGCCGAAAAAAAGAAUAAGGAUCUGCUGAAUUUUACGCAGGAAAUGAGCGAUCUGGAAACUGCAACCAAAACGACAAUUGAACAAGUAACGAACGAGUUCAAUGCACUGGAUUCAAGAAUCAAGAAGAUCUGCUCGCAAAUUCAAUUACCAACCACGGAGAAAGACAUUCAAGAUCAGAUGGCCAAAUUUUUAGAAAUGUCCGAACGAGAAUUGGAGCAGAUCAAACUCGACAUCGACGAACUCGAUAACGUUCGGCGCAGUCUAGCCGAAUUCUUUUGCGAGGACGCCAACACGUUCAAAGUAGAGGAGUGCUUUAAAAUUUUCCAUCAAUUCUGUCAGAAGUUCACUCAAGCCGUCGCGGACAACAAGCACCGCAAACUCAUGGAGGAGCAGGCGCUCGCGAGAAAAAAGCAGCGAGACGAGCAGGGGUCGACGAAAAAACGAAUGCAAGCGGAUUUAAUGGAUAUCAUUGACUCGGACAAUUACGGCUUAGAUUUCAGCUCUCUUGAGAACGGAAUUCCACAAAAGUCCUCAAAGAUGAAAAAACUGCAAACGAACGGCUUAGCAGGCGCAUCGGAAGAAGACAUAACUAUCGGCGCGGGAUCGCCCAGUUUACGCCGGCGUCUGGGCUCGAUAUCGGGCGGGCCCGAUCUCGCAAAUACCAAAGACGACUCGCCUGACAUCACUCCUAACGGUACCCUACGCCGACGUCGUAGCCGUGUGGUGCCCUGCGACGAGGACAACAAUCUCAUGGACUUUUUACGUAGCAACGGCCAGGACAACUCGCGGGAGCGCAAGUUUUGGGGCAGCCUGGACAGAUCGUGGGCCAAGAAGGCUCGCGGCACGCCCAGGCGCAGCGAUCUGCUGAACGCCGAUUUCUCGGGUGAUAGGGAGCGAGCCAGCUCGCCGUCGCCGUUGGCCGAGCAGAAGCAAUUUGUACAGCAGCAGCAAGAACCGGAACUCGAAAAUAGCAAAGUGCCGCGUGGCAAGCACUGGCGACAGAAGAUCGAAGCUUGGCUCAUAGAAAGCGAAAAAAAAGACAAAGACGACGAACUUCAACUAAAAGUCAAUCAGCGACAAUCCUCGCGGCGAAACUUCGAAGAAACUGAGAACGAAGGCAAAAAUGCACUGCCGCGUAAAUAUAGUGAAGAUUUGUCUUUAGGCCCCGAGAAACACAGGAAGCUCGACUGGCAGCCAUCGGUCGAAAAGACCGACGUAAUGCGCACGAUGGAGGCCAUCGAGGAAGCCCAGCCCGCACCGCAAACAGCAGCAGCGACUCCCAAAGAUAAAUCACCUUGGAGAAAAUCAAGUCUGAACGUAUCCAAUCCCGAAGACGCCGACUUGAGAUACUCGCGGCGACACAGAUCGGGUACUCUGCAGGCCAUUCGCGAAGAGGAGCGCAAGAAGAACAGCACCAACAGCGGCGGCACCAACAGUAGCAGCAGCACAACCAAAGCAAACGAUGGUCUGGACGAGAUGACCAUCUAUCUGCGAACGCCAACGACGCCGUCGGGUCGUCGUCUCGUGCAAGUGCAGAAAUUAGACGACAAGCUCGACAUCGACAGCGCCGACAACGCAGAGACGACACUCGGCGGCGGCGGCAACAGCAGAUCGUUCAAGGACGCGACGACGACGAGCUCUGCUGCAAUACCAGCUGAGAAAUCAUCGACGCCCAAUGACCCCGGCAGCAGUAGUAACAACGCCUACGCUGACCUCGGAAGUGGUAACUUCGACAGAUUCUCGGCCGCACGCAGAACUCGCCGAUACAAGAAGGGUCAAGAUCCGUCGCAGCAUGACAACGCCAGCGUCAAGCUAGAUUUUGCAAUGGAUGAUUCGGAGCCGGUUAAUAGUAGUAAUACACCAGCGCAACGGCCAUCGACGCUUUCGUUGUCAUCGGCAGAUAACAACAGCAGCAGCAGCAGCAGCAGUGAGGCAAUGUUGAAAGCUUGGCAGGACAAGCUUAAGCAUCAUCAUCAUUCGCAACGUAACGGGCAGCACGAAAUCGAUGCCGCGCGCGCCGAGAUCGCGAAAUCCGGCGAAGACCUGCAGCAAUUGUCGACGGCGAUCGGCUCGCAUCGAAACACGUCGUCGCGUUUGCCGAUAAGUCAGCCAGCACCGGUGCUCGCCGUGACGAACACGGUGCUGAGUCCGGUGAUGCAGGAGUCCAGGCCCCGAGAUCCGAUGUGCAUCGUGCCCGAGCGAGCCACGCCGAGUCGCGAGAGGAGACGCAGCAUGAUCGAUCCGAGCCAAGUCAAGGAAUCGUUGAGAUUCAUGAACGAGCCGGAACUCAUCACGAGCUCGACCAAUGAAAAUUUACCGCCCAAUAGUCAACUUGCUAUGCAGUCUAGUACUGAAGAAAAUCUUGACAUGUCAACGGAAAGCGAACCAAAGAGUCCAUUAUUUGGAAAAACCAACAGUCAAUCUCGUUUUAUACCCGAUCUGACGACGACGAACAAGGCCCGAGAGCAGGAGCUCAACGACGAGGGCUUCGAGGAGACGCAGUCGCUCGUCUCGGAGACUCUGAGCCAGGAGGCGUCCUCGGGCAAUUACGAGACCGACACUCAUGACUCGACGCGCUGCUCACCGGCCGAGAUGACGCGCAGCGGCGACACACCAAAAAAGUCUAAUCCAAAGCUGUCUACCUUACCAAAGGUCACACAGUCGGCCAAGAGCAGCAGCGGCAGCGGCUCCGCAGGGUCGACCAGCAAAGUCGCCGCAUCGUCGGCAGCAGCAGCUUUUUCGCGCAGGGACAGCAGCUCGAGGCUGGCCAAGGCGGCGGCGCAAGACAAAACCGUCGGCAGAUUGAAGCAGGCGUUCGAGAGGCGAAACAGCCGCGACAGCGUGACUUCGACCCGAUCGUCGUCGUCGGCCUCCAAGGCAGUACCGGCGGAUAAAGGCGCGAUCGGCAAUAGCAGCAGCUACCUGCCCAAGCGAGCGGCGAGCCUGAAGCGUGAACCGCCCACGCGCAUGAGCAGUCUAGAUAAUCCAAAGCGUGCCUUACCAACGAGUCUGCGGAAUCACGAUCCCGUCGAGCGUUCAGCGUCUCGCAGCAGUCUGCGCAGCUCUCGGAGCUCCCUCAACAGUUCCACGUCGGUCAACACGGUGCGCAACAACAAAAAGCACAUAGCGAGCGCGACAACAGCCAGCAAGGGACCGCAUCUCGAUCGGUUCAGCCGACCGAUAAGAGCUCUGGCGGGCGAUUUGGCUCGAAAAAAUUCGGCUGAAUCGAAUAGCUCAGUUGACGAAAAAAUUACAGCUAACAAUGGCACCGGCGUCAGGAGGGUAGCGACGCUGAGAAGUUCCGUCAGUACCACGAAGAUACCCGCGAGUCGAAGCAGCAGCAGUGGCAGCAGCGUCGGCCCAGCGGCCAAAAUGAUUCGUAAAGCUGUCCCCACGUCUUCGAAUGUGUCGCGAGAGAGCGCCAGCAACGUUCGCAGACGCAAUGUACCAUCAUCGACGCAGCAACCGACUACAGGGCUUUUAACGAAUAAUAAAAGCGCACCCUCCGGUACUACGGCGAAGGUGAGCUCUGUCGUAGCUCGCUUGACGGCACCGCGAGGCAGCAGUACCGGGACUCAACGCAGUCAGAGCUUCAUGCGGCCGACCGCGGCUAGCGUCAACAAAAAUACUAUAGCUCCACUGCCAAAGGGCAUCAAAACUCUCGUCAAGUAGUUUCUUUUUAUUUUUAAAAUUGAUUUUUAUCAUCAACGAUCGAGAAUCUGUGCGAGUGAAUGUAUUAGUAAUACCGGAAUAUAUGAAGUAAUUUUAACUAUAUUGCAUGUAAAUAUUGAAACAGAUUUAUAAAUUUAUUCUUAAUAUAUGCUCAUUUACAUAUCGAAAUGUUUAAAAAAACGUGACAGAUGAACUUUAUUUAUUAUGAAAGGUAUUGAAAAACACUUAUAAAGACUGAUGAAUUAUUGAAAGUGCCUUGACUUUAUGUUGGUUUCAAAAUUUGUACACAAAUUGGAUAUCAAAGCAAAAGUGAGGAUCAAUUGUACAUUUUCAUUGUAGUAAUUUUUAACGUGAUUACUUUAAAAUUUUAUAUAAUUACUUUACGUAUCGUUUUAUUUUUAUUGAUUGCCAUCGCGCGUUAUUUAAGUAGCUUAAUUAUUAUUCAUUGUAUUCAUUCAAACAGAGUCUAGCAGUAUAUUGCAGGACAUUUUGUUUGGUAGACUGAAAAAAUCAAAAGUAAGAUUAUUGAGAAAAGCAAUACUGACCAGAUUACCGUUUACUUAUUUGAAGAUACUCUCCUGGUCUACGCAUCGAUCUACAUCUAUCUAUACAGCAAUAUAAUGAAAUGCAAUUAUCUCACUCUCGGCAUAAAGCUUGGAAGAGUCAUGAAUUUAGCAUAUAAUGAAUGUUACGCUGAUUUUUUUCUGAUUCAUUUAUUUGAAAGAUCUAAAAUAAAUUAAUUUUUUCGGAAA